AUGAGAUUCAUCUACGCAUCCGCUUUGCUCUGCGCCGUCGCCGCCGAGGCUGCCCAGCAUAACCAUGGCAAUUCACAUCGCCAUCACCAUGGGAAGAAGGAUCUCCACGAGAAGAGAGGCGGCGCCUGCGCGUUCCCUUCCGAUGCUGGACUGGUUUCCGUCACCCCGGGUUCGAAGAAUGCUGGCUGGGCCAUGAGCCCUGAUCAGCCCUGUGAGCCGGGCAACUACUGUCCGUAUGCUUGUCCUCCCGGCCAGGUAUCGAUGCAGUGGGAUCCGGAGGCGACCUCAUACUCCUAUCCGAUGUCCAUGAACGGCGGUCUGUAUUGUAACGAGGACGGGGAAAUCGAGAAGCCUUUCCCGGAUAAGCCAUACUGCAAGGACGGAACUGGUGCCGUGGAGGCCGUCAACCGAUGCGGCGACGUUGUCUCAAUUUGCCAGACGGUCCUACCUGGUAACGAGGCUAUGCUGAUCCCCACCCUGGUUGAGUCCGUUGCUACUCUUGCUGUGCCGGAUACUAGCUACUGGUGCGGAACAGCGGCUCACUUCUACAUCAACCCCCCAGGAAAGGACACCGCCACUGCCUGUGUCUGGGGUACGUCCGACAACCCCUGGGGCAAUUGGUCUCCAUACGUUGCAGGCGCCAAUACGGACAGCAAUGGAAACACCUUUGUGAAGAUCGGAUGGAACCCUAUCUACCUGGAACCUGCAACCCCUUUCCGCAACACAGUCCCCGACUUUGGAGUUGAGAUUGAAUGCUCAGGCGGCGGAUGCAACGGCCUCCCCUGCAAGAUCGACCCCGCUGAGAACGGCGUCAACGAAGUCACAGGUUCCUCGAGCGAUGGUGCGGGUGGUGCCUCGUUCUGUGUUGUUACCGUGCCCAAGGGCAGCAAGGCUAGCAUUGUUGUCUUUGACGGGUCCGGUGGUAGCGGCAGCAGCGAUGAUGACGACGACAACGAUGACGAGGAGGAGGAGGAGGAAGAGGAAGAGACCACCACCACCGAGGAGCCCACCAGCACGAGCACCACUACAACUACAAGUACCACGACCACAACAACCAGCAAGAGCACAAAGACCAGCACAACAACCACUGCCACCGAGUCUUCUUCCUCUACAGAGGUCAUUUCCCACUCCAGCUCAUCGCACGAAUCUCCCAGCAGCUCCGGCUUCCCCGACUACACUUACAAGCCCCAUGUGCUUGUCGAAACCGGCGACGGCGAAGCUUUCGCCUCGGAGACCAGCGAACCAGAAGAAGCAUCCCCCAGCCCGACGUCGGGCGCCCACCAAACCAGCCAGAACGCGAUGAUGGCCCUGUUCGGCGUCAUCGCAAUGGCAGCCUUUACAUUCUAG